UACUGCUAUUACAUUUGACCUUCAUACGCUCCUUCCAAAACGCAGACGACAGCAUCACAUUCCGCGCCUUCUUUCGCCUACAACCGACUUCGCCCGGCCUCUCUCCUGAUCCGUCAUCCGAUCGCGUGUACCGACGACGACGACAUCUUGCAGGCAUCAUAUAAGCACGCAUUGAGCUGAGGCAACAGAGCUUUCCGCGCCGCUCGGCGCUUUGAACACCUUACAUUCACAUCAUCAUACCACUCCCAAACCGAAUGCAGGUCUCCACGAUGGCCAAUGCGACGGUCGUCCUCAACGGCCUCCCUCCUCUCCCGGAAUAUACCCUCCGACCACAGUCACCUCUGAUUCCCGGCGUGCCCGAUGCCUACACGACUCUUGUUCUCCCGAUCAUUGCUUACUGGGGAGUGUCCAUGAUCUUCCACUGUAUUGAUGAGCUGGAUCUCUUCCCACAAUACCGCCUGCAUACACCAGCAGAGGUCCUCAAACGCAACCACGUCAGUCGCUGGGAUGUGUUUCGAGACGUGGUGAUACAACAAGUCAUCCAGACACUGUUCGGACUGGUCCUGGCAUUGAUUGACCCAGUACCGCAAGUCGGAAGAGAAGAGCACGAUGUGGCACGGUGGGCACAAAAGAUCCGCAUCGCGCAAAGAGCUAUUCCCGCAGUGCUGGGAACACUAGGUGUGGAUGGAAAGACCCUAGCGAGCAGCAUGGGCGCUUCACAUGCGAUGUUCGCGGGUGCAUUGGCAGGUGGAGCGUACCCUGAUCUCACGCAGACGGUCAUGGUGAUGGGAGAACAAACACUCGCGCCGGCAUUCGCAGAAUGGGAGCUGUCCUUGGCCAAGGCGCUGUACCACCUCGUCAUUCCAGGACUGCAGUUUUUGCUGGCGAUUAUGGUGGUCGACACGUGGCAAUACUUCCUCCACCGCGCCAUGCACAUGAACAAAUGGCUGUACACCAAGUUUCACAGCCGUCACCACCGGCUAUACGUUCCUUACGCAUACGGCGCGUUGUACAAUCAUCCAGUUGAGGGGUUCGCCUUGGACACACUCGGGACUGGGAUUGCAUACCUUGUGACGGGUAUGUCUGUUCGCCAAAGCAUGUGGUUCUUCACCAUGUCCACAAUCAAGACUGUCGACGACCACUGCGGCUACGCAUUCCCAUGGGAUCCACUUCAGCACAUUACCAGCAACAAUGCGGGCUAUCACGAUGUCCACCACCAGAGCUGGGGUAUCAAGACGAACUUCUCUCAACCAUUCUUCACUUUCUGGGAUUCGUUCCUUGGUACGAAGUGGACUGGUGGAGACGUCAGUGCGAGAUAUGAGCGAGCGAAGAUUGCUGCACAAAAGAAAGUCGACGAUGAAGCAGCGAGCUCUUCAAUCACGAACUCCACGCAUACCGAAACUUGCGACAUCAAGGCUUCACUUUAUCGUGGAUGGAUGACGUUUGCACGGCAACGAUUAAGGCGGCGGACUCUAUACUUCCUUCAAUACAUGGCAGCAGAUCCGUUCGUCUGA